AUGACUACCCCAACUAUAGACGCGAUGCAAUUAUCAAGUAAAUAUGAUGUUUCGAAAUGGUCAGCAGCCAAGAUUUUAAGUAAUGAAAGUAAAAUACAUGAUGAUAUGUUAAUAGGUGCUUUUCACGAUACAUAUUUUAAUUUGACAACUAAAAUAAUGUUGUCCUCACAUUGGGCCACGAACUUCUGUAUCUCUCAGUCAGCGUUAUUCUUAUUUAUUGACGAUGACUACCUACUUCAUCCAAACAAUACGAUCAAUUUGAUAAGGAAAUUUAGUUACUCUCGAAUGAAAUCACUUGCGGCUGGAUCUGUAUAUUUUGGGAAAGUUGACAGACCUAGAAACGGAUAUGGUGGACGGUGGGCAGUUUCUUACAAUGAAUACCCAUGGGACUACUAUCCACGUUAUUUCUUAGGAAUAGGUUACUUUUUAGGAGCCGAUGUUGUGCAUGAUGCAUCGUUUGCAAUGUCAUUCACUAAACAACUGCGAAUCGACGAUGUAUAUUUAGGUAUUAUUUUAAAAAGACUUAACAGAACACUAACACAUUUAGACAACAUUCAUAUCCAUCCAGGAAAAGAUCAGUUGAAAUCAGGUGCAUUUAUGAUUACUAGAUAUUUAGCUGAAAAUCAUGUGGAUUGGACAACUGGAUUGAUAAUAGGGAAAAAAGGCACACAGCAUUGA